AUGGGUUCCCUGUUACCUUCUUCAGCUGCAAGCUCGUAUAACUCAGUUCUCGACUUCAAAUCGAUCUCCACGGGCGGCUGGAUCGUCCAGAAGUUUGGUGGUACCUCUGUGGGUAAGUUCCCUGAAAACAUUGUCGAUGAUAUUGUCAAGGAGUAUAGCAAACUGCACCGUGUUGCUGUGGUAUGUUCAGCAAGAUCGUCUAAUACGAAAAGUGAAGGAACUACUUCAAGACUUCUUAGGGCGGCUGAUUUGGCUACCGAAAUGGGUGACUACGACAGCCUAUUGAAGAUUAUUGAGGACGACCACGUUGAUAAUGCACAAGAAAAGAUUAAGGAUCUGAAAUUGAGAAGUGAAUUGAUCGAGGCUUCCAAAGCUGAGGUUGCCAGAGCCAAAGAACUUUUGCAUGCUUCUCAGAUCAUUGGAGAGAUUAGCCCCAGAACAUUGGACAGCCUCAUGUCUGUUGGUGAAAAGUUGUCUUGUCUCUUUAUCGCUUCAUUGAUGAAGGACCACGGUCUUAAUUCGGUCUAUGUCGACUUGUCUCAUAUCAUUCCACUCGAUUAUGAUAUCUCUAAAGGUUUCGAUGACUCAUUCUAUCUGUUUCUUGUGGCCGAAUUGGCUAAGAUCGCUUUAUCACAAGCAGAGGAUGUCAUUCCUGUAUUCACUGGCUACUUCGGUGUUGUCCCAGGCGGUCUUUUGAAUGGUAUCGGACGUGGAUACACUGAUCUAUGUGCUGCAUUGAUCGCCGUUGGUGUUCAGGCUGAUGAACUACAGAUCUGGAAGGAAGUUGAUGGUAUUUUCACAGCUGAUCCACGUAAAGUUCCAAGAGCUAGACUUCUUGAUUCCGUUACCCCAGACGAGGCCGCCGAAUUGACGUAUUACGGUUCUGAAGUCAUUCACCCAUUCACCAUGGAGCAGGUUAUCAAGGCCAAGAUCCCAAUCAGAAUAAAAAACGUCAUGAAGCCUUCCGGAAAGGGCACUAUUAUUUAUCCUGACAACAUUGGCAGAAGAGGAGAAGCCACUCCUCCCCACCCACCUGCCGCGUAUGAGACGUUACCAAACUCUUACAUUCAGACGCAUAAAAAGAGAUCUGCCACUGCCAUCACUGCCAAGCAGAAUAUCGUUGUUAUCAACGUGCACUCAAAUAAGAAGACGUUAUCCCAUGGCUUCUUGGCUCAUAUCUUCACAACGUUAGACAAGUAUAGAUUGGUUGUGGACUUGAUUUCCACCUCGGAAGUACACGUUUCCAUGGCCAUGCAACUACUGGAUGAUGAAGAGCACAACCUUAAAGAAGCCUUGAAGGACUUGAGAAAGAUGGGAACGGUUGAUGUCACCAGGGAGAUGACCAUCGUUUCGCUCGUUGGUAAACAGAUGGUGAAUUUCAUCGGAAUAGCCGGUAAUAUGUUUAAAGUACUUGCUGAUGAACGUAUUAACAUUGAGAUGAUCAGUCAAGGUGCUAAUGAGAUCAACAUUUCUGCAGUUAUCAAUGCCAAGGAUACUAUCAGAGCUUUGCAAUCGAUUCAUGCAAAGUUGCUUGAAGGAAGCUUUGGGUUUGAGGAGACCGCUUCGGCUACUGACAUCAGGUUAUCUGCAUUGAAGGCUCAAAAUUAA